UGGGAGGACUGUUGUCUGCACUAUCUGGUGCUUUGACCCUACUCUCUCCAGGAGAACAACCCCCAACUUUUCCAAACUAACUUUGCAGUUAAUAUCACUCAUCCAUGCAGCCAUUUAGACCAGAGCCAGCUGCAGCAGAUCGGGAAGCAUGAGUUCAUCUGGUUGAGGAGAGCACAGGAUUUCGAGGGCUGAGUGACUUUGUAACCUUGUGUUGUACUUUCACACCCGACAGGAUCAUCUCACCUUCUCUACCAACUACCAUUUUUCACGCAAACUCUCUUUGCUGAAGUGUUUUUGAGCAGACCCAAUUAUUCUCAGGCUUUUGAGUUGAAAAUGUGUUGCCGAAAAUGCGCAGCAGGUCAGGCAGCAUCCAAGGAGCAGGAGAAUCGACAUUUCGGGCAUGAGCUCUUCUUCAGGAAUAAAAAUAUCCUUUUUAUUCUCAGGAUAUAGUUUGUUUUUUUAAUCUCUCACCAUGGCAUGUAAGAAAAGUACAGCAAAACGUAAGCAUGUUACACUUACAAUAUCAGAAAAGGUUGAAAUCAUAAAUAAACUAGAUCAAGGUUCUGCAGUAAAAACGUUGUGUGAGGCAUAUGGUGUGGGAAUCACAACAAUUUAUGACAUCAAGAAGCAACGUGAAAAGCUAUUUAAAUUCUGUGCUGAAAGUGACACAGUUCAAGGAAUUAGUGAGCGUAAAACGCUGCAUCGUGCUAAGUCUACUGACCAUGAUGAUGCCCUGUAUAAAUGGUUCAGACAACGUCGUAGCGAGGGACUCCCUAUUUCAGGGACAAUGCUUAUGGAAAAGGCCAAACAAUUUCAUAAUGAUUUGAAGAUUAAUUCUGUGUGCGAGUACUCUCAAGGCUGGUUGCAGAGAUUUAAGCAUAGGCAUGGAAUUCAUCUGAAAGAGACUGGUGAAAAGAGCUCUGCAAAUACAGAGGCUGUCAAAUGUUACAUAACUGACUUUGCAAAGUUGAUGAAAGAUGAGGAUCUUAGCCCUGAACAAAUAUAUAAUGUGGAUGAGACAGAUAUUUUCUGGAGAUGUUUGCCACAACACAGGCCUGUUGGUACAGAGGAAAUGAUGGUACAUGAUUACAAGGAAUCAACAGAAAGACUAACUGUGCUUGCAUGCACAAAUGCUGCUGGAACACAUAAGUGUAAACUUUUGGUUGUUGGUAAAAGUCCUAAGCCUCGUGUUUUCAAAGGGAUGAAAAUUAUGCCAGUGCUUUAUGAAGCUAAUAAAUGUUCGUGUGUUACCGAGGAAAUAUUGAGCGACUGGUUCCAUAAUCAUUUUGUUCCAGAGGCUCGUGCACACUGUCAAAAGGUUGGUUUGGCUGCAGACUGCAAAAUUGUUCUUCUUUUAGACAACUGUGCACCUCAUCCUCCUAGAGAGCAAUUAGAUGCUGACAAUGUCUUCCCUACCUAUCUACCCCCUAGUUGUACAUCUUUAAUUCAGCCAAUGGACCAAGGAGUUAUUAGGUCAAUGAAAAGUCACUACAGGAAGAGUUUUUUACGUCGUCUUGUGACCAGCUACAAUACUGGUGGUAUUGAUGCCUUUAAGACUGCCCUCAGUCUCAAAGAUGCUAUAUGGUGUUUGACAAAUGCAUGGGACAGUGUAACGAGGAGAACCUUACAAAAUGCCUGGCGUAAAUUGUGUCCUGAAAUUAUAUUGAAUGAUGAGGACAUGGGUGAAAGCUCUGACGCCUUUAGUUUAAGUGAAACCAAGGCAAUGGUGACUGACCUCUUGUGUUGUACUAAGCAAAUAGGAAGUGACUUGGAUGAGGAAGACAUUUUGGCGUGGUUAAAUGGUGAAGAUAAUACUUCAGUUGUACAACAAGUAACAGAUUCAGAGAUAAUUGAGGGUGUUUUACACUACAAGUCUGAGGAUAGUGACAACAGUGAUGAAGAAGACAAUGUUACUGGGGAUAAGAUUACCUUGGAAGAGGGAAUCAGUCUAGCUUCCCGCUUCAUUCGUUUUCUUGAGCAACAAAGUUUUGUAAGCCAGCAAGAUGUAAUGCACAUACACAGGAUCCAAGAGAAGUUGAUAAAUGAGCAGCCGAAACACAUGAAACAAAUGAGGUUGCAGCAAAUGUUUGAUGAAGUUGGAAAAUCCUUUGCGCACACACCAUUAGCAUCACUGAGCUCGAUCCCAUCAACCAGUGGACGCGAUGACACAAAGGACCCAGACUUGACUGCUCUUGUCAUCAAUUAUCAUCCACUCUCUCCUACACCUCUUCUAAAUAUUGGUGAAAUAAAGCAAUGUAUGGAAUAA